AUGGUCAUCCUCCUCGUCCGGCUGGCAACACACUGGCACCAACACCGUCGCUUGAACGCCACUACCUGGAUCGUUAUCUCCUCGAUUCUCGUCCUCCUCGCACGUACCAUCUGUAACGCAUUGAUCCUCCGCUGGGCCACAGCUUUCAGUCCUACCUCUGGCACAACCCCCUCCAUGGCUCGAGUCGGCAGUAUUCUCACUCUUAUAUCCCGCGUCCUGGUCACGACGUAUUACUGGCUGCAGAGUAUUGAGCUCCUGCUAUUUUAUCGGGACAUGAUGGCGCACAUCCCUUGGAUUUGCAGGGUCAUCAAGAUGACUUGGUUAGUCUUGGCGGGUACAUACACCGCCGUCGUGCUGGCUACCUUCCUCGAAUGCCGCCCCAUCACCCUCUACUGGUCCCUCACCCCCGGCUCAACCCACCCCUGCCGUCGCGCAUACACCCAACUCCUCCUGCAAUGCCUCUCCAACGCCCUCAUCGACAUUCUCCUCCUCACCAUCUCCGCACCAAUCCUCCAAGCCCAAGCCCGGGCCUUCCCCCGCAACCUCCAACUCGGCCUCCUCUACAUCCUCGGCUUCUUCUGCAUCAUCGUAAUCGGUGUGAAGAUCCACUACAUCUACCGGGACGGCAGCGUGCAGCAUGCCAGGAGCUUCUGGGCGAGUAUACAAGUGGUUGUGGCGACGUUCGUGGCGAAUGCGCCGAGUAUUUAUGGUGGGGUGAGGAAGGAGAGGAGGAGGAGGAGUAGUGUUGCGGAUCCGUUGGGGUUGGGGAGGGUUAGGACUGCGGAGAGUGGGGGGGAGAUGGGAGUGGGGUUGGCGUUGGGGUUGGGGAGGGAGGUUAGUCCGGUGCUGGUGCUGGGUGGGGGGAAGGGUUGA